AUGCCUAUCCACGGAGCUCCGAGGAAACUCCUGGGUUCCCUCAACUCCACCCCCACAGCCACCCCCAAGCUGGGGCUGGCUGCUAACCACACAGGAGCCCCAUGCCUGGAGGUGUCCAUCCCUGACGGGCUCUUCCUCAGCCUGGGGCUGGUGAGCUUGGUGGAGAAUGUGCUGGUGGUGGCCGCCAUCGCCAAGAACCGCAACCUGCACUCGCCCAUGUACUGCUUCAUCUGCUGCCUAGCCCUGUCGGACCUGCUGGUGAGCGGCAGCAACAUGCUGGAGAUGGCUGUCGUCCUCCUGCUGGAGGGUGGCGCGCUGGCGACCCGGGCCUCAGUGGUGCAGCAGCUGCACAACACCAUCGAUGUGCUCACCUGCAGCUCCAUGCUGUGCAGCCUCUGCUUCCUGGGUGCCAUCGCCGUGGACCGCCACAUCUCCAUCUUCUACGCGCUGCGCUACCACAGCAUCAUGACGCUGCCGCGGGCGCAGAGAGUAAUCGCGGCCAUUUGGGUGGCCAGCAUCCUCUCCAGCACACUCUUCAUCACCUACUACGACCACGCUGCCGUCCUGCUGUGCCUCGUGGUCUUCUUCCUGGCCAUGCUGGUGCUCAUGGCCGUGCUAUACGUCCACAUGCUGGCCCGGGCCUGCCAGCACGCCCAGGGCAUCACCCGGCUCCACAAGAGACAGCCGCCAGCCCACCAGGGCUUUGGCCUCAGAGGUGCUGCCACCCUCACCAUCCUGCUGGGUAUCUUCUUCCUCUGCUGGGGUCCCUUCUUCCUGCAUCUCAAACUGGUCGUCUUCUGCCCCCAACACCUGACCUGCAGCUGUAUCUUCAAGAACUUCAAGGUCUUUCUCACCCUCAUCAUCUGCAACACCAUCAUCGACCCCCUCAUCUACGCUUUCCGCAGCCAGGAGCUCCGCAGGACGCUCAAGGAGGUGCUGCUGUGCUCCUGGUGAGCACGGCACAGGCAGGCCGCCUG